UUUUUUUUAGCAGAUUAUCCUUUAAAUUCAUUCAUAUGUACAGUGCAGUCUUACUUGCUUGAUAACAUAAGACCUUACAUACCUACUUUACAUACAUUAUGUUUAUUAAGAAGGCCAGGUAUACAGCUACUUGAUUUGCUGCCAUAUCAAAAGCAAGGUAAGACAUUUACUUGUGUUUCGAGUGGCUUAAAAACAAUCAAAAAAUUGUUCUCAGGGUGAUAUUUUAAUAAUCUGGAGGAUUCCACUUUCCCUUAUGACCACUCAUUCUAGUGGUUUCAUUAAUUGUGAGAUGUUGCAUUUAGACAUGUUUACAAAAACUGUCCAGUUUUAAAACGUUUGCAUGCCUAAAAAUGUACAAAUUUUUUAGUAAUUUAACUAAUUUAAGAGAUUCUGUAAAACACUGUAGUGUUAUAGUGAAAAGCAUAUUAUAGUAUAUAGACAUUCAUGUCUAGAUUCACAUUUAAAACAGUAAAGAUGAAUUUCAGUAAUGAAAACAUUUAAAGCAGUCAUUUUAAAAGUCUGUCCCAAUUGGAAUCUGUCAGAUGUCUGUUUAUGUCAAAAUUUAGAGAUUCUGAAUCAGAUUAUAUUAUGUUAAUGCACAAAAGUUGGGUAAAAAAUAUUUUUAAAGAAAACAAAUAUGUCCAUACCCUGAAUGUACUCCCUCCUCAUUGUACAAAUAAUGUAUCCUGUUAAAUUAUUCAUAUUACAUUCCCAUACAUUUUGUCUGUAUAUGCAAAAUACAAGCAAGAAUAAAAUCUGAGGUGUAACCAGAGACUGGCAUUUGAGAGCAGUAAGGAUUCAAUCAAUUGUAACAGAAAUCAGUGGGUGGAAGAAAAAAAAAACCUAGUAUAUAGAUGCUUGAUAAGAAUGACUAAAUAUGAGACAUUACACAUAACACGCUGCUGUAUGGUACACAUUGGGUGAAAAGUGAGUGUCAGUCACUUAAUGAGCAAGUCGACUUAUGACUGUACUUCCUGGGGGUGUAGGGAAAUGUGGCUUGUGCUCGUAAACUAACUUCCUCUGUAUAAUGUGGGGUUGAAAAGCAGCACAUGUUCAGUAGUGCAUAGAAACUGUUCACAGAUAUUUACUGCUUCGUUCUGAAAAAGUGUUUUGAUCCUAUAAUUCAAUCCAGAUAAUAUAAGUAUAUUGAAAAGGUUUUGUCUUCUCUUUUGGAGGCCUGAGCAACUAUGGGAAUUACUGUAGAGGUGAGAGAGACAGAAGGUGCCCCAGAUGGCGGCUGGGGCUGGAUCGUUCUGCUGGGAGGUUUUGUCAUCACUGGCUUCUCGUAUGCCUUCCCAAAAGCUAUAAGUGUUUAUUUUAAAGAACUGAUGCAAGACUUUGGCUGUGGAUACAGAGACACAGCCUGGAUUUCUUCUAUAUUAUUAGCAAUGCUCUAUGGUUCAGGUCCAGUCUCUAGCAUCAUGGUUAAUAAAUUUGGAUGCCGGCCCGUCAUGUUGGUUGGAGGAUUACUAGCUUCAGGAGGGAUGAUAUGUGCAUCUUUCACUACUAACAUCAUCCAGCUUUACCUCACUGCGGGUGUCAUGACAGGUCUUGGACUGGCUUUGAACUUCCAACCAUCACUGAUUAUGCUGGGGACUUAUUUUGACAAACGCAGACCACUUGCCAAUGGACUGGCGGCAGCUGGAAGUCCUGUAUUUCUGUCUGUUCUUUCUCCAUUAGGACAAGAGCUGCUCAACCGGUAUGGAUGGAGAGGAGGCUUUCUCAUUACCGGUGGUCUUCUGCUCAACUGUUGCACCUGUGCAGCUGUAAUGAGACCCCUGCAACGUAAAAAAAGGACAGCAAUAGCCUGUUCCCUAGAGCUCAAGGAAAUGCUGCCUCCUGAGGCUGGACAAGAGAAUAUCAUUUGUGAAAACAAUAAUGAUAAAAAGCCCACUAAAAAGAAGCUUUUGGACUUCAGUGUACUUUGUAACAGAGGGCUUAUUAUUUAUAUCAUUGCAAAAUUUAUAGUUGUCCUCGGCCUAUUUGUUCCAACCAUUCUCUUAGUCAACUACGCUAAGGACCAAGGAGUGCCUGACCAGGAUGCUGCAUUUUUGUUGUCUAUUAUAGGAUUUAUUGACAUCUUUGCUCGUCCCACAUGUGGCUUAUUGGCCGGUUUAAAAUGGAUUCGACCCAAGAUGCCUUAUUUCUUCAGCCUGGCCUUGCUCUUCAAUGGCCUAACAGAUGUUUGUUCAGCUAAAAGCACAGACUAUAAGGGACUUGUUAUCUUUUGUGUGUUCUUCGGGCUGUCUUAUGGCAUGGUGGGUGCUCUACAAUUUGAAGUGCUGAUGAGUAUUGUGGGAACAAGCAGUUUUUCCAGUGCCCUUGGCCUAGUGCUCCUCAUUGAGGCAGUGGCGGUGCUGAUCGGACCACCCUCUGCUGGUAAUUUGGUGGACAAGUACAAGAACUAUGAACUGAUUUUUUACAUGGCUGGAGGAGAGCUGAUCAUCGCUGGACUAUUUCUUGCUCUUGCAACAUUCUUUUGUCUUAACCAAAAGAAACACAAAGACUCACAGCAGAAAAAUCAUGGUGAUUGUGGCAAUCAAUCUUAAAAGAUAAACAGUGGAGAGAGCUUAAGAGAGUGAAGUUCACAUUCAAUUCAUUUUUUUAGUUAUAUGUGUUAAUAAAAUUUGUGUCUUGUACUGUG